GAGGCCGUUAAAGUGGCUUUAAAAACCCGCUCCGCUCGGUCACAAAGCAACACACGGAGUCCACUUUUAGACACCAACGCGGCUCAUUCUUCUACUGCUUCCGUCCUACGUUUAUUACCACUGUUUUACAGUUUCCCUAACUUCACCUGGGUGUCCUUAACGUGCGUGUUAGUGAUUCGGCCCGUGUUUGUGUGAGUGAGUGUCACGGCCCUCUGCGGAGCAGCAUACGGGGGGUUGGGUAGCAGUGCCGAUUGGUCGCUGCUCACCAACACAGGCAGCCUGGGCUUGUUUUAACAUAACCGGGGGCACUUCGACUGGGACGCAGAUAAAACAUAGGAGGGCCCCGCCGUCGCUGCUGCUGCUGAUGAUGAUGAGGCGAUGAAGUGCCGAGAAUGAGAGCCGAGCCGAGGCCUGCUACCACAAGCAGAGCUGCUGCAGCCGGGAUUGUGCAGAAAGCCGUCGCUUUGUGUCACUCCAACAAAGAUCCGCUGUUGGUUUCACGGUGACCGACCUCCAAAUGGAUAUAAGGAUGACAGCAUGAAUCAGUCAUACAGACCGGGUCCUAGGGUUGGAUCAGUGUUUGGCCCCAGCCAGCCAGAGAGGAGGGCCCGAAAUGGCCCUCUGGGCACUUCUUAUAGGAACCAGUGUGGCACCGUGACCCGUGGACCAGGCCAGCUGCCUCAGCCGGCUUUCCUGGGAUACAGUCAGCUGGAGCCCUUUAACUGCUACAGCCCUCAAUGGAGACCACAGGACAGGAGCAGCCUGCGCUGUGCAAGUCCAGUCACCAACGACGAAGAUGAGGACGACGAGUUCAAGUCUCCACCUGUCCAGCUGUCCUCGUCUCCUGGCACUGAUGAAGCUGAGCCCUUUGAGACUCUGCAAAUAGGUUACAGCCCUCAGAGGAGACCGCAGCGGAUGACCAGCAAAGACUCGGACCUUCAUCCCAGGGGCAGCUUCCGCUCUACAAGUCCAAUCACUGAUGAAGAAGAUGGAUUCGACCCACUGCAGAUCCAGCUACCUUCGUCCUCCGGCGCAGACAACAUGGACUCUUUUGAAACUCUACAGGACGGGAGCAGAAACGGGUUCUCCCCUCGCAGCGCGGACAGCUUUGAGCGCUGCUCGCCCAUUCCCAAUGGGUUCCUCCAUUUUGGAUCCGUGCUGUUUGACAGCGGGGAUAUCAAGGAGGAGGAUGAGGGGCACGGCGGGGUUCAGGCGCUCAAAACUUUACAGCACUCCUCAAGCACGACCCAGGAGCGAAAUGUCACUGGGAAUAAAAGUAACUCAGGGUUGGAGAGAAGAACUUACAAACCCACAGUCUUCAACCUGAUGUCCAAAACUAUUUCUGAACUGAACCCCACACUAAGCCCCAGCGCACUGCCAGAAAUCACUAUGAUAGACGGGUGGAAAGUGGGCCAGGAGUCAGACAGCGACGUUGAACUCACCUCUCCUGUUGAGCCUGGACUUGUCUCGCCAGCUGGCACCAACUCUAAUUCCAACAGCCCAAAGAAGAAACUUCUCCCUGCUGUGAAGUACCUGGAUGGAGAUCUGGUGUGGGCCAAAUUCAACAGGCGGCCUUGGUGGCCCUGCCAGGUCCUCUGUGACCCAGACCAAGGGAUCCACACCAAGAUGAAAGUACCAAGCACUCGUCCUUGUCGGUUGUAUUUCCUGGAGACGAUGGGGGAGGUGUCGGAACGCUCCUGGGUCCCAGGUAGCGUAAUUCUACCAUUUGAAGGCGGACAUCAGUUCGAGGAGCUUCCUGUUCUUAGACGGAGAGGAAAACAGAAAGAGAAGGACUACAAAUACACGAUUCCAAAAAGUUUGCUGACGGCGUGGAAAGUCAGUGUGGCCGAAGCAGAGUAUCUGCUCCCAGGUCGUCAGAAGAACAGUGAAAAUAAACUAUCAGUAUCUGUGAACGGGGAGGAACACCUGACCAGCCCUCCUCUACCCGAGGAGCCACCAGAAAGCCCCUCCGCCUCCAUCGUCUCACAUCGGCCCGCCUCAAGCAGUCCGACGACCAACGGAAACGGUCACCAUCUCUUCAAAAAUUCCUCAGCGCAUCCCAACAAGAGCAAAGCCAUCAGAAAGAAAAAGAAAUGUUUGUCGGACAUAUUUGGUCAUAUUGUUGGUGGGAAGGAGUCCUCCAUCAAGGCAGGCCAGCUUUGCACGACCACACGGGUCCUGAACGAGGAGCCGAAAGACUCUCCUUACGCUGAUCUGGAUUCAGUUCCCAUGUUGAAUCGACCAAAACGCACAGCUCUUUCUCCGAUAUAUGACGCAGACGCCACAGACAGAAAGCAGCAGGGUGCAGUAAAGGCAAAAAAGACGUCCAAAAAGCUAAACCUUUGUACAGAUUUCUCUGACUCGUCCCGUAGAUUUCAGAACAAACUGACCUCUGAAGAGACAGACUCUGAACAGAGGCCUGGUGAAUUAUCCCAGAGCUCAGGUGAAAAACACUCUGGGACUCUUUCUGCCAGUAGCCGUCUCAAUGCGAAGGCUCUGAAACCGUCUGAUCUCGAUGAGGGGCAGAUCUCAGAAGGUCCUUUCGAUAAAAAGACUCCCACUUAUGCUCCCUUUAGAGCUGAACCGUCUCCAGAUCGGAAAUCCCCCAGAAAGACGUGUGACUUGGUUCACCACAGCUCUCCAAAGCGCCGCACAAGGAAGCUUGAUAAGAAACUGAUUCAGAACGGCUCUGUGAUCAGGUCCCAGUGCGAGGGCUCGCUCCAGCCCACACAGCAGCAGCAGGUUAAAAUCAAAACAGAGAGCUCCCCAUCAGAUCUAUCUACUACCUCCUCCUCUUUGUCUCUGUCUCCAAUUGAUACUUUUCAAGAUGGUAAAAAAUUAAAGUUCAGAUCUCUGGCCAUGGAGGACAGCGACGACUCUGAGCUGAGUGCAUUUCGACCUGAUGCCAAUUAUAAAUUCAGUACUUUCCUGAUGCUGUUGAAGGACAUGCACGACACUCGAGAGAAAGAAGGCAAACCGCUGAUGCUGCCGCCGUCGGCUACCUUGAUAAAGGAGGAACCCCUGGUGAUCCCCACAGCAACGGAAGGCGGGUUGCUAAGAGGCUCCUGUGAUGCUCUACCUCGUCAGAUCAAAUUAGAAAACGGACAGCCAGAGAAGCCCACGCCGAGCCAAAGCACGCCCCGAAAACCCAGGCCCUGCGCUAAAGAGGCCGACCUACCUGACCCCUACCACUGUGAAGACUUUCCUCCUCACACUGAGAUCGGGAGUUCGGAGAAGCAGCGCAGAAAACAGAGGCUGCCCUCUAAGCUGAAGCUCAGAACACCUGAGCCGCCCUUUAAUGAAACUGAAAGGGAGUUGAUCAGGGUCCGCUCUGAAUCUACGGAGCCUGUAACGGAUUCGCUUAGGCAGGAUCCCUCUGCCAGCUGCACAGAGAAGUCCUCAGAAAUAGUGGCUCCAAAGAAGCGCUGGCAGCUGGUAGAGGAAGCCACUGAGAUCGAGUCACCGGGGAAGGAGACAUUAGCUGAGGGGAAGGGGUCUCCGACAACCAGAGCGUCACCUGAUCUCGACCGGAGCGCCGAGGCGCACGCAGACAACGACUCGCACUCUUCAGACUCUGGCAGCACAGCCGGACAAUCUGAGAACAAACGCCUCCGGAAACCAACUAAGAGGCUCUUGGAGUCCACCGAGGAGUAUGAACAAAUAUUUUCCACGAAAAAGAGGUCGAAGAAGCACACUGCAGAAUGUCCCAAAGCGGAGACUCCAGGGAUAACGGCACUCCAUGAUCUCAUCAGCACCACAGAAGCCACUGAUACCUCACCCUUGUCUUCAGCGGAGCCGACUGAGGCCUGCGUAGAGAUGGAUCCUAGUCCCACUCAGGAAGAGCGUUCUCCUGAACCACCCCCUCUAUCUUCUGUCACGACACCACCCUGCUUUGACACAGACACAGCGGGGGAAACAGAUCUACCUCUUGAAUGUGACUCAGAAACUUUACCUCAAGAAAGAAAGAGGCCUAGAAAGCUCUCGCACAAGGUGAUGGAGUGUAGCGUGGAAGAAGUGUCAGCAGUUCCUUCAAAGAAAAAGGAAGCAAAAAGGCAACUCAGCAUAGCAUCGGAUGUGAAAGUGUUGGUCAAGAAAACACAGGUUGCUUCAGAGACGAAAGAAAAACCAUCCCCUGCUGGAGCCUCCAAGUGUUCAGAGAGCAGGUCCCCGAGCCCCCAACAGAAUAAGACCCCAAAGCAGGAGGUGGAGACGGAGCCCUGCAGCAAUGAGGAGAAACAGGACGCACACGCUGGAACACUAACUCCUAAACCUGAGGCUCUGCCAGUGGGUUUGAAUGAGGGUCUCUCCCUCCAGGGGGACGUUAAGGGAAGGAUAGGAGCUGCAUCUUUCAAGGAGAACGUCUGCCAGGUGUGUGAGAAAACAGGAGAGCUUCUGGUGUGUGACGGUCCAUGUUUUGGAGCCUUUCACCUGCAGUGCAUCGGGCUCUCUGCAGCUCCCAAAGGAAAAUUCCUCUGUCAGGAAUGUAAAACCGGCGUCCAUAAGUGCUUUGUGUGUAAGAAGUCUGAUAAUGGGGUGAAGCGCUGCAUCAUCCCGCUUUGUGGGAAGUUUUACCACUCGGACUGCAUCAUGGCGUAUUCGCCCACCCAGCCGCACAACAAGGGCUUCCGCUGCCCCCUGCAUGUGUGCCUGUCGUGCCACAUCACCAACCCUCUGAACGCCUGCAACUCCAAAGGUCGGCUGGCGCGGUGCGUCCGCUGUCCUGUAGCCUAUCACCCCAAUGAUAACUGCAUGGCGGCAGGCAGCCUGGUGCUGGCCAACAACAGCUUCCUGUGUCCAAACCACUUCACUCCUCGCAAAGGCUGCAAGAACCAUGAGCACAUUAAUGUUAGCUGGUGCUUCGUCUGCUCUGAAGGGGGCAGCCUCCUUUGCUGUGAAUCCUGUCCUGCUGCUUUCCAUCGGGAAUGUUUGAACAUAGAGAUGCCUCAGGGUAGCUGGUUCUGCAACGACUGCAAAGCUGGGAAGAAACCUCGCAUUAAGGACAUACUGUGGGUCAAAUGGGGACGUUACAGGUGGUGGCCCGCUGAAGUGUGCCUGACCAAAGACGUUCCAAAUAAGAUCCUGAGGAUGAAACAUGAUGUGGGAGAGUUCCCGGUGCAGUUCUUUGGCUCCAACGAUUUUGUGUGGACUUACCAAGCCAGAGUCUUCCCCUACAUGGAGGGGGACACUCACAACAUAGAAAAAAUGGGGAAAGGUGCUGACGCAGUGUACAAGAAGGCACUGGCUGAGGCAGCGGAGCGUUUCAAAGAGCUCAAGAAGGAGAAAGAAAUCAAGCAGCUCCAGGAGGACAGAAAGAACGAUAAGAAACCGCCCCCAUACAAACACAUUAAGGUGAACCGACCCAUCGGGAAGGUGCAGAUAAUCACUGCCGACUUGUCGGAGAUCCCUCGCUGUAACUGCAAGGCGUCCGAUGAGAACCCCUGCGGCGUGGACUCGGAGUGCAUAAACCGCAUGCUGAUGUACGAGUGCCACCCUCAGGUGUGUGCCGCCGGGGAACGAUGUCAGAACCAGACUUUCACAAAGCGACAGUACACGCCGGUGGAGAUUUUCAGGACCCUGUCCUGUGGAUGGGGUUUACGGGCCAUCACAGACAUCAAGAAGGGCGCUUUUGUGAGUGAAUAUGUUGGAGAGAUGAUUGAUGAGGAUGAAUGUCGUGCCAGAAUUCGACACGCUCAGGAGAAUGACAUCUGUAACUUCUACAUGCUGACCCUGGACAAGGAUCGGAUCAUCGAUGCUGGACCCAAAGGAAACCAAGCACGCUUCAUGAACCACAGCUGCCAACCAAACUGUGAGACGCAGAAGUGGACUGUAAACGGCGACACCAGGGUUGGGCUGUUCACCCUGCAGGACAUCCCAAAAGGGGUUGAGCUGACCUUCAACUACAACCUGGAGUGUCGCGGUAACGGGAAGACUGCCUGUAAAUGUGGAGCUCCAAACUGUAGUGGGUUCCUGGGGGUGCGACCAAAGAACCAGCCACCAGCUGAGAAAAUAAAGGAAGGGAAAAGGAAGGGCUCCAUGAAGAAGAAGACUAAGCAGCAAGUAACCAAGGAGAGGGAAGACGAAUGUUUCAGCUGCGGUGACGGGGGUCAGAUCGUUUCCUGUAAAAAGCCGGGAUGUCCCAAAGUCUAUCACGCUGACUGCCUUAACUUGGCUAAGAGGCCGGCAGGGCGAUGGGAGUGUCCGUGGCAUCAGUGUGACGUCUGUGGUAAAGAGGCGUCUUCCUUCUGUGAGAUGUGCCCCAACUCGUACUGUAAUGCUCAUCGGGAAGGGAUGCUCUUCAUCUCCAAGCUCGACGGAAAGUUGUCCUGCAACGACCACGACCCGUGUGGACCCGACCCACUAGAGCCGGGGGAAAUCCGUGAAUCCAUGCCCAACAUGGCCUCCAUGAGGCCCGGGAACAUGGCUGUACCCGUUCCUCCUGUGCUUCCUGUCAUCAAAGGAGCGACUCCUCCUCCUUCGUCGUCUUCUUCUGCUGCUCACCUCUCUUCCCCUCCCACCCAGGCUGCCCCAUCCUGCCCAGAACCUCCUCCUCGUCUCUACAUUAACACAAAGACUGCUACCUCCAGACUCAUCCCCUCCGGCAGGUCCUACCCCACUGACAGAACUGAACGGAAAACCAGCACCACUAGCGGAUCCCCCAGUGGGGAGGGAGAGGCUGUAGAGACCGAGGAGGAGGAGGUUUACAGUUUGGAUAUGGAGGACGAUGAUGACGACGAUGAGGAGGAAAAUGAGACUGAGGACCUGGAGAUUUUGGAAGAUGAGGAUGAUGAUGACGAGGAGGAGGGGCUAUAUGGAAGUGACGUGAUAGAAGAAGAUGAGGAGGAAGGAGGUGAUGAAUAUGAGACUUGGGGCGAUUAUGAUGCUGAUGAUGGAGAAGUUGGAGAAUGGGGGAGGAUGGAGGAUGAGAAGUGAAUCUGCUGUAACACUGAGCAGGAGCUCCCUCUGCACACUGACAGAACUAAAGGAGUUCAAGAUGUCGGUACCUACUUGAAUGCAGCGCUGCCUUCGCUGUGGUACAACAUUGCCUUCUCAUCUCCAGACUGACAGCGGGGAUGAGUGUUGGUGCUAAGGCUGAUCUGUUGUCUCACUCAGUCUCUUUAUAUUUCUGUCCAUACUUUUAUCUGUGUUUGGUGCUCUCUUGAUUUGUUCUCUUUCACACUGUUUACAUAGUUUGACCUUUUUUUUUUUAAAAAAAAGCAAAGUUUGUAAAAUAAGAAAUGAGUGAGACUUUUUACCAAAAUGUCAUCAUGAGACCGUCUUGUCUAGUUUCUUUCUUAACGACCUCUUUCUCUGUUCCCGGGAAUCAUGAAUCCAUGUUACACUUAAGCAAAAACUUUACCCUCAUCGUCCGUGAGGAGUGACAAAUAAAAACCCACUGGAGUCAUUCAUUUCAGACAAGCAUCCUGGUUUUCUGUUUAUUAAAAUACUGUUCAUUUGUGUUGGUGAAACUUCACUAUAAACCUUAAUCUUUAUUGAGAUCACAGGUCUUUUUACAGAACACUAUGUUCAGUAUCUUCCUACUUGGAACCAAGAUUUAACUGCAUAAUACAAACAAUAUAUUAUUUUAUUCGC